AGGGAGAGAGGGGGAGAGGGAGAGGUUGAGAGAGAGGAGAGAUGUCAGAUUGUCCUGGUGAAGCGGCCUCAUUUUCUCCAAGUUUAAGGUGGUCGGAAUUGUGGACAAAAAUCCCAAGCACCCAAUUUAGCCAGGAAAUCUUUGCCCUGAUUUUUACUACACAUUCCUCUCACCUGAUCUGGACAUGGGCUCCUUCACCUCCUCCUGUUGGCCCCCUUAAGAAACAUACACACACCUUUGCACAAGCACUGAAAUCUCGCAGUUUCUUGAUUCUUGGACCAAUCUUGGUGAUCCCUCCAUUCACUUUGAUUGUUCCAAGCAACCUUCCAGACGAAGGGUAAAAGGAGCAUAAUCUGUACCUUUUCUCCUGCGUAUGAGCUUGUCGUAGUGAUUAGAUGGGGUUGAAGUUUUCAAAGAAGGAGUCCAAAAGUUCUGAGGAUUUGGGUUUGAGCUUUAUCCAGAGCCAAUUGGUCAAUUGUCUCUGGAGAAAUUAUUUACGUAAUUUGGUGUCCAAGCAAAGGCGGCGCAUGCUAGUUGCAGGCUAUGACCUUGAUAUGACUUAUAUAACGGAUCGACUAUUAGCAAUGUCAUUCCCUGCAGAACGCGUGCGAGCCAUGUACCGUAAUCCUAUGUGGCAAGUUAAGUCCGUACUGGAUAUGAGACAUCAGGGUUAUUAUAAGGUAUACAACUUAUGUAUAGAAGAAGAUUACGACGAAUCACAUUUCCACGGACGUGUAGAGAGAUAUCCAUUUGAUGACAACCACGUCCCACCAUUAGCAAUGAUCAAGGAAUUUUGUGAAGAUGUCCACUCUUGGCUAUCAAGUGAUCCAAAGAAUAUUGCAGUUGUGCACUGCAUGGCGGGAAAAGGUCGAACUGGCUUAAUGGUUUCUUGUUAUCUGGUUUACACCGGCAUGUCAGCUGAGAAGGCUUUGCAAGUGUAUGCAGAGAGACGAACCACCAAUAAUGAAGGAGUCUCAAUAGCAAGUCAACGCCGUUAUGUUGCAUACUGGGAGAAAGCACUUUCUUUCGCCGAAGGAGCUGAUCACCCUUCUCCAUACGUCUAUUUGCCUAAACCAUGUAGUAGAGAACUUCAGCAUAUCCGGCUAUAUGACACAGUCAACAUCGAUCAGAUCUUUGUUGUGGUUUCUGAGUUGCAACCGAUUCCGGGGCAGCGGUAUUGCCCCCCAACCGAAGUCGCCAAGAGUUGCUGCAGACGGAUCGGAACAGAUCAUGAAAGAUGCAAUAAGCCACGAUACUACUACUCGUUCGUCGAGAGUGAAGAAGGAAAGAAAGAAGUAGUAGAGCCUCAUUUGGUAGUCCAAAUGGACACCGAAAGUUCCAUAAUCUACCAGAAAACUUGUCUUGGUUGUUAUUACGAGAAACCUGUGCAAGUAACAGGGGACGUGCGCAUAAUUUUCUACCAAAAGCUUAUUGGAAGCCGUCUCUUCUACGUCUGCUUCAAUACAGCUUUCAUAACAAGCAGCCUCCUUCAGUUCACUAUCCGGGACUUGGACAAAGUCGGCAAAAGGGGUCGAUCAAUUUGUGGCCCUUCAUUCUGCUUGGAGCUCUUCUUCGGCCCCUCAAACGCUAACUGCUUGAUGCCACCAUCAGACGACGACGAUUAAUCUCAAAAAAAUGCAGUUAGAGCUGCAAUUACAUCUGUCUUCCCUGUAUAGCUCACUAGCUGCAUUCAGCAGUCUUCUUGUCAAUAAUAGUUCUUUAAGGACGGAAAAAAACAACACUAGGAACGAUGUGAAGAGUUUGUAGUUAGGAAUCAAAAUGAAGAUGGGCUCAGUUUUCCCCAGUGGUUCAAGUGGAAAAAAGUGCAUUUGUUUUGAUCUCUUUAGACACUAUUCUCAAACAACAUUGUUGUUAUUUUGCUAAUCUAUCUAUGUUAUUAUAUUUUGGA